AUGGAGCUAAAGAAGGAUGGAGGAGGGCCAUGGUCCUCUCCAGGACCCUCUUCUGCUCCCGCCAGCCCCGCCUGCCACAGAGGCGCAGUCAUUGCCUUCCUGCUCUUCUUCCUCACUAUAGGAGUCCUUGUAGGUCUGCUUAUUGCAUACAUGGUGCAGGAGCAGCAUUAUUUCCUGGAGACAGUAGAGCUGAAGGGUCUGAAGUAUGACCCUAUUCUGCAGGAUGAGAACUCUGGGUUCUCCAUAGUACUAUCCUCAGUUUUAAAAUCAAAGAUUAAAAAUGUCUUUGCUGCCUCCUCAAUAUCACAUCACUAUAUUGGUUGCAAUAUUGUUGCCUAUGGUAACAUUAAUAGUGAUGUGAUGGCAACAUUCAGACUGGUCUUCAGGGUCUCCAAGGUCCAGCAGUAUUCAGAUAACUUUGUUCAGGACUUGCUGAGAGCAGGGCUCAACUCAGUCAUGCACGGGAAACCACUAGAAGUGCCUGAGUUUGGACAGAUCAAUGCUAUCAUUUUACUGGGAGCCAGCGGGAAGUCGUUUUAUACAAUUGGAGAUGAGUUUACAGCCAGGUGUCCUAACAACACUUUCUCUUGUGACAAUGGAGAAUGUGUCACCAAAUUAAAUCCAGAGUGUGACUUCAUACCGGACUGUGCAGAUGGAUCCGAUGAAGCUCGUUGUGCCUGUGGUACACGUCCUGCCAUGGGGAAUCGGGUUGUGGGUGGUGAAGAUGCUCGGCAAGGCGAGCUGCCAUGGCAGGUCAGUCUGAAGCUCCAUGGACGCCAUACUUGUGGAGCCUCCAUCAUCAGUGAACGGUGGCUGGUCAGUGCGGCACACUGCUUUGAGAGGGACAACGACCCCAGAGAGUGGACAGCACUUGUAGGGGCCAAACUGGUGAGCGGCGAGGAGUCUGCGUCCAAAACGAUUAACAUCAAGUCACUGAUUGUGUCUCCAGACUACAACCCCAUGACCGUCGACAAUGAUGUGACUGUGCUGGAGCUGGAGACCCCUCUCACCUUCAGCCCUUAUAUCCAGCCUGUCUGCCUGCCCUCCCCAUCUCAUGUCUUUGCCCCCGGCCACAGCUGUCUGGUGUCAGGGUGGGGUUCAUUAAACCAGUUCAAUCCGGCUGUGCCUCCCACACUGCAAAAGGCGGUGGUGAAAAUCAUCGACUCCAAGGUGUGUAAUAAAUCGUCUGUGUACAGAGGUGCAGUUUCUCACCACAUGAUGUGUGCUGGAUUCCUCCAGGGCAAGGUGGACUCUUGUCAGGGUGAUUCUGGAGGGCCUCUGGUGUGUGAGGGGGCCCCGGGGAGGUUCUUCCUGGCUGGGGUGGUGAGCUGGGGUGUUGGCUGCGCCCAGAUCAAUAGGCCUGGGGUUUAUUCUCGGAUCACCAGGCUCCGCAACUGGAUUCUAAGCCACACAGAUCCCAGCUUGGUCCCUGAUUACUCCAAGUAUGUUACCACUGUGCCUGUUACUGUUCCAGGAGGGACCCCUAAUAACCUGCCAGUACCCAGGACAACGGCCAUGGACUUGUCAUCUGCACCAACACUUCCUGUCUUGAACUGCAGUGGAAACUUCCAGUGUAGUGCCACUUCAUGCAUCAGCAAAGUCAAUCCAGAGUGUGAUGGAGUCCCUGACUGCCCCAACCAGGCUGACGAAAGAAACUGUGACUGUGGUUUGCGUCCUGCAUUGGGCUCCCAGAGGAUUGUGGGUGGAAUAACAGCUCGUAGGGGGGAAUGGCCUUGGAUUGGCAGUCUUCAGUAUCAGAGACAUCACCGCUGUGGCGCCACACUCAUUCACAGUAAAUGGUUGCUGGGUGCAGCACACUGCUUCAAAAGUGACUCCAACCCCACUAACUGGGCUGUGAGUCUGGGAUCUGUGCUGCGCUCAGGGGUAGGAGCACUGGUCAUCCCAAUCCAGAGGGUCAUCAUUCACCCGGCUUUCAAUGGCACCAGCAUGGACCACGAUGUGGCUCUGUUGGAGUUGUCAGUCCCAGCACCCAUGUCCUACACCAUCCAGUCUGUUUGUCUCCCCUCACCAGUGCACCAUUUCCUGAAGAAUGCAGAGUGCUACAUCACUGGCUGGGGAUCGAUGAGGGAAGGAGGUUCAUUGACUAACCUGCUACAGAAAGCUGCAGUGAACAUCAUUGACCAGGCAGACUGUCAGCACUCAUAUGGAAAUGUGCUAACUCCUAACAUGAUGUGUGCUGGACACAUGGACGGAGGCAGAGACACCUGUUUGGGUGACUCCGGAGGGCCGCUGACUUGUCGUCAGCCCUCUGGCCAGUGGUUUAUUGCUGGAGUGACCAGCUGGGGACAUGGAUGCGGGCGAAUAGGUUUUCCGGGAGUUUACACUCGUGUUACAUCUGUAAGGAAAUGGAUAUCUACAUACUUGCCUUUCUGA